AUGAAUCAUAGAAAUUCUAAUUACAAGCUAAACAGAUACAAUAACAAUAACAACAAUAGUAAUUCUUAUCCAGCCUUCCGUUAGGACAAUUAAAACCGUGGUGGCGGAGAUAGAGGAAAUUACAACUAAGGAGGAUCAAACAAUAAUAACAGUUCUAAUAGCAAUAACAAUCCUAAUAACUACUACAAUCAUUAGAAUCCAAGUGGUGGCAAUAGCUAUCAAAGCGGAAGUGGAAACCAUGGCAAUUAUGGAGGUGAAACUUACUAAAAUUCUGAUAGACGUGGCGGAGAUAACAGAAGAGGAGGUGGAUAUGGCAAUAAAGACAGAUAUGCUUCUUCAGGUGAUAACUACCACGGUAGUCAUGGAGGUAGUGGCACUAAUAACCACCAUGGAAACGGCGGCUAUUAAAACAAUAAUAACAGCAGUUACAAUUAAGGUGGAUACAGUGGAAAUAAUCACAGUAGCGGAGGCAGCAGAGGUGGAUAUCAUCAUAACGAUAAUAGAAGAUAACACAACAACAACAACAAUAAUAAUAGCAACAAUAACAGCAACUUAAAUAACUAGCGUGGAAGCGGUGGAAGUGGUAAAAUGAGAGGAGAUAGAAACUACGAUAGAAGAAGAUAAGACAGAAACAAUAACAGAUCUUCAAAUCACUACUCUGGCGGUAAUCAAGGAGGUUCUCAUCAUGGAGGAAAUCACAGAAAUAACGCAGGAGGUCACCACGGCGGACAUGGUCAUCACAACAAUAGUGGACAUAACAACCAUCAUCACCAAUCUUCUUCUAAUAAUUAAGUUCAGAACUUCUACAAUAAUAAUAAGGGAUUCAAUUAGUAGGAAAGAAAGAAUUUAGAAACCUUCCAUAUCAGAGUCUUCCAUAAUUGGGUAAAGAGUGUUCUUAUUCAGAAAUAUGGUGAGAUAUAGAGAUCUAUUGUCAAAGCAGAGAAUGCCAAAUUACCUGAAAAUUAUUUAUACAUUUUGGACUUGGCUUGUGGUAAGGGUGGUGACCACAAAAAGUGGUUAAUGCAUAGUCAUGCUUGCUUUUACAUUGGUGUUGAUAUUGCCAUGGAAGCAUUAAACUAAGCAUACUAGAGAGCAAUAAUCACUUUAAACGAAAUUAAAUAAAACAGUCGCUAUCAUUCCAACAUUAAAUUCGGGUUCUUCUAAAAAGAUUGUUCUUGUUCAAGCGAAGAUUUUUGGAAGCACAUUAACGCUCCUCCAAAUAAUGCACUCACUGCUGCUGAGAACGAAGCUUAAGGAUCUGAAUUGAAAGAAGAUGGUAAUGAGAAGAACGAAAAUAAGCCAAAUAAUGAAGAUUAAAUGGAUCUUGAAGGAGGAAAUAAAAAAGAAAAUGAAGAAACUAAUUAAGAUGAAGGCUAAUCACCUAAAAAGGAAGAAAAUAAUGAAAAAGAAUAAAAUAAAGAUAAAGAAUAGUAUGGUAAAUAUAUGUUCGAUGUUGUUUCCUGUUAAAUGGCUAUGCAUUACAUGCAUGAAAGUGAAGAAAAAGUAAGAAAUUUCUUAGAUAAUUGCACAAAAAGAUUAAACGAUUAAGGCUUCUUGCUUUUAACUUUCACAGACGGUAAUGCUGUCUUAGAUAUUAUGAAGAGCAAAGGUCAACCUACUCCUGAAGGUGGUACUAUUUAUUCAAGCAAACACUUCAGUAUGAAAUUUGAUAAUCCUGUUGAAUAAAUUGAUCUCCAAUAAAAUCCUUAUGGUAACAAAUACGGAUUCUACUUACAAGAGUCAGUUGGUUCUUAAGUCGAAGGAGUUAUCAAAUACGUUCCUGAAUAUCUAGUAAAUGUUGACUUGUUCAUUGAAACUGCAAAAGAAUACUCCUUAGAAGUAAAGGAAAAUAACCUUCUAACUGACUUCUACGAAAAUAACAAGACUCCAUUUGCUGACCUCUUAAAGUAAAUGAAGGUAACUUACUCUCAAGAAGAAGAAUAGAAAGAUCCUUUCUCCUGGGAAGUUUCUCACUGCUACCGUGCCGUAGUAUUUUAGAAGGUCUUAGCUCAACCCAACAGAUAUUAGUUUGAUAGAUCCACUCGUGACAAAUACUUACUCAAAUAUCCUGUCCAACUUAAUUACUCUCCUAAGAAGAAAGAAGAUUGA